AUGUCAAACAACAACACCACCUCCACCAAAUACAGCGACACCCGAGAAGACGUGCCCACUCCCUCGCUCGCCUGCCACGACCCCGCCAACCCCUCCAUCCCCGGCUCUCCCAAAACCACCCUCUCCUCCGCCCUCGAAACCGGCGCCUCCCUCGCUCAAGACUUCAGCCCCGUCAAGUCCAUCUGCGCCCACCUCAACGCCUUCCACGUGUACGCCUCGGACCCCACCCGCUUCGUCGAAGCCAACCACUACUGCGCCCACCUGACCGAGGACGUGCGACAAUGCAUUCUCUACGAUUCACCCAACCCGGGCGCCCGCAUCCUGGGCAUCGAGUACAUGAUCACCCCCAAGCUGUACGAGACCCUUCCCCAACAAGAGAGGAGGUACUGGCAUACCCAUGUCUUUGAGGUCAAGAGCGGCAUGUUGAUCAUGCCCAAGCCUCCCGGGCUGAUGCCGCAGGCGGCCUGGGAGAAGGCGGAGAAGACGGAGAUGGAAAAGGUGGUUACCCUCUAUGGCAAGAUCUAUCACUUGUGGCAGGUGGAUAGGGGCGAUAAGUUGCCCCUCGGAGAACCGCAGUUGAUGACGAGCUUUACCGACGAGAGCCAGUUCCCCGUGGACAUGGAAAAGGUGUUGGAUGAGAGAGACCAACGAUUCCCGGGGGCGGAUUGGAGGGCUAAGAGAGAGGGUAGAAAGGAUAUUGAAGUGCCCGAGAUGCAUCCUGAUGCGGAUUGGACGUGGAAGAAGGACAAGCAGAAACAAUGA